AUGGCAAUGAUAUCUUCCUCUCUCAAGAAAUGUAUGAAGCUCUUUGUUGAAUUGAUCGAGUUCGAAACGCUUGCUCGGUUCGAAACGGACGUAUCUGCGCGAAAAUGGGAAGACGAGCUGGGCAGGCUGCGCGUUUGGGCGGCGAAUAUCGGUGCGCAUCAAAGUGGCCAGUCGUCGCUGGAUUACCGACUUCGCGAUGCUUCUCACCUGAAAAUGGAGACCAUGAAUCUUCUAAACAGUCUCCUCGAAACAUUGCGGGAUCUUCAUGAGGUCGUUGACGCCUCAUCCGAUGCGGAAGACGAGGACGAAUUCGACGAGUUGUAUGAAGGUGACCUGACUGAGGUGCAACAAGUAUACCAGGCUAUAGUUGAUGUCAUAAACUAUCUGUACCGCAUGUCGAUGGCGAUUCGGCAACCUGCUCGCCACGAUCAGCUCCUAGAGACGAGGAUGAUCGACGCGACCGUGUUUAUCCCGUGGGCAGAGCGCCAUGUUUCCGACAAGUAUCCGGGUUUGGAGCCGGAGAUUGUACAGCGCUUGGGGGCAGCCAUGGCACGCCAAAGCGCUGUCCUAAAGUACCGCGAAAGGCACCGCGCGAAGCUUGGUCAGGGAUUCGAGGGCAAUGAAGAGCCACAUUCGCAUGUGGAGUUGAUGUCUGAAACAGCUGCGACCGAAUUCAUCGAGGCACCAGAAAACCAUCUUCAGUUCCUAGACGGCACGUCGGAUUCGGGCGUGUCGAGAACCUCAUAUGCAACAACGCUUGUUGCUAGCCAAAACGGCGUCUGUAUUCCACCUCCGCCUCUAGAGUCGGCCAAUCAAGCCCCCUUCGAAUGCCCCUAUUGCUUUGUAAUAAUUAGUGUCAAGGAUCGGAAAGACUGGACCCGACACAUCUUCCGCGAUAUCAUGCCAUACACGUGCAUUUAUUUGGGGUGCACCACGCCAUCAAAGGUAUAUGAGAGUCGCCGGCAGUGGUACGAUCAUCUACGUAUCCAGCAUGCACUUGAAACAAGUCCGGACAGUUGUGUGGUAUGUCUCCUGUGCAAGCUGGCAAUCCAGCGACCGGCAAUUUUUGAGAGACACGUCGGUCGGCACCUGGAGGAGCUGGCGCUUUUUGUCCUUCCACGGACAGGACCAGAGGACGAAGCUGAAACACUCUCUGCUCAAGUGUCGAAUAGCGCAGCGAAUGAGGGGCACUCCACGGCCAAGGGGCUAUCGCUCGACUCCGAAGGGCCCGUAUGUUCCGAGAGCGACCUUGAUAUAGCCGAUCCAGCGGUUGAUGGCUCUAGUAGGGAAGAGGACGCUAUGUCGGCUGGAACGCUCAUUGAAACAAGCGAGAAGAGUGAGCGUACUGGAUAUUCAGGGGACGACGAAUCCGUCACGACGCUCGAGCAGCCAAGAAGCAAAAGAAGCAAAACUGACCCCGCUGAGGAUCCAACGAGAGCAGCGGCCAUCGCAAGGCUCGGGCAGCUAAUUCUUGAAGAACGAGCUGAGCGUGAAGCCCGGGAGGCCCGCUUGACCGUUCCGGCCGCUGAGGAAGGCGCGGCUCAGACGGCCAAAGAUGGACAAUAGCGUGAGAAAAAAUCGUGGGAGAGCCAAAUGCACCUAUCGAUUGGGUAAGAGAGGAAGAAGAAGCAGGGGCAACAGAAGAGGAAGCCGUAACAGCACCGGCAGUCACAACCAAUACCCUUCCGACUAUUAAGAAGGAGACCAUCAAUUUCAAGGAUCCUCUUGGCAGAGAGUUUAGUUUCCCGUGGGACUUGUGCUGCACUUGGCGGGGAAUGGAAGAGCUUAUCUACCAACUAUUCCUAUACGAGGACUCGCAUUUUCACAUUGCGGCGGGUCAUUAUCACUUAGUUGGCCCUAACAAUAUUAACAUUCACCCAGAGACUUGGGAAGCGACAGUCAAACCGGGCUGGAGUAUUAGAAUGAUUAUGUGGCCCACUGUCAAGCCAACCCAACGAUUCAGGCGCAGUUCUCCCGCCAGAGCACAGAGAGAAUUUUCAGAGAAUAUUGACGCACCAGAGGAGACCUCGAGUGCGCCCUGACACCGCAAGAUCGUGGAGGGCCUGAAGUUCAUCGCCUUGUAUACGUGAUAUCAGAGUGGAAUCUAGCGAAUUCGCAUGUUUGUAGGGGACGGCUGAACCACUCUGCGAAUAAGACGUUGAGGAACGGAAAGCUUCAUCAUGUCGGACCUAUCAACUUGGUAAUCGUACAGCUCGCACGUACAUAUAAAUCACCCUCAAUCAGGCAUGAACACUACUUUCCAAAUUGUACGAGUUCUAGAGACAUUUAACACAUCGACAUCGGCCAUCCUGUGUCCAUCCCCUUCCAGCACACUCACCCUCCACCACCUCUUACCGUCAACCUACACAUCAACCCUCCCUUCUCCCAAACAACAUACGCCCUCUGCUCACUCCACCUUUGACUCUGGUCACACAGCGUCAAAUCAAAAUUCCACAGCAACCGCGCUAGAAUCAGCCGAAUCUCCGCAAACGCAAGAUUACUCCCGAUACAAUUCCUUGGCCCAACGGAGAACUGCUGCACGACGUCGCGGUUAUCGUUGAAGUAGGGCGAUGACGGGUCGGUUUUGGAUUCGGGGAGCCAGCGUGCGGGGUCGAAGGAGUGGGGGUUGUGGAAGUUUCUUGAGGAGGUGUAUGCGACGGCCUGUGGGAUGGAGAGUUCGGUCUGCGGGUUUUAGGUGGUGUUAGUUUGGAUUUUGCACGGUUGUAUGCGUUGGUUAGGGCCAGGAUGGGAGAAUGACGUACGCCAGGCGGAAUGUGAUAACCCCCAAUGUGAACCGGAUCGACCGUCCUCCGCUCCAUCCCCGUCACAACAGGCGGGUAGAUGCGGAAUAUCUCGUUGAUACAGGCAUCCAUGUACGGCAGAUUUGCGCUCACAUUCCGAAUGGUGAUUUCUGACUCCGUCUUGAACGCCGAACGAACCUCGCCCGUCAAUCUGUCCAGGACCUCGGGGCUUUGACAGAGCCAGUACGUCGUGCCAGAUAGAAACGUCGCAACUGUCUCGCUUCCCGCCACGAGGAGGAGAUUGGCGUUCCCUUCGAGCUCGAGGUCACUUAGCUCGUUCUUCCCGCCUCGGGUGUGCAGCAUCGAGUCCAUCAGGUCAUUGCGGUUAUACGCCGCUGCAUUCUCGAGUCUCUUCGCGAUAGCCUCUUGCGUGUGUGUCUUGUGCGCCUGCCUAGACUGCAUCACAGCGUCCGGGACGAACCCCCUCGGCAUGAGUAGACGAAGUACACGAAAGACGAUUGGAUACUCAUCCAUGAGGAAGAAAAACGGCCGCGACUUGAUCGUGCGAAAAAUCGUCACAACCCAAUGAUGGUACUCGGAAUUAUCCAAUCCCCCAAAGGACUCGCCGAAAAUCAAAUCGCCAAUAAUAUCAAACGUCGUCAGAUUAUACCACUUGACCAUAUCUGUUGCUGCGCCGGACUCGGCAAUUUCCCUCAAGCGGUGUAUCAAUUUGUCCACAUACCCAAUAAUCAACGGCUCUUGCGCCUGUAGGCCCCGUGCUGAGAAUGCGGGCAGUAACGCCUUGCGAUACCGCGCAUGGUCCUCGUCAUUCGCGCUGAGGAUAUCGCGCGGGUUUGAGGCGGAGGGCUGAACUUUUGGUAACUGUCUAUGUCCAUGCCCGUAGACUUUCGGCCAGACCUCUUCGGUGAUUAUCGACAAAGUGUCAGGACCAUAUCGCACGACGGGGCCGUAUGUCGCGUGGAAACGGCAGAGGUCGAGGUGGAUUCUGCCACGGAUGGCGGAUAUGUGGCGCAGGAUUGGGAAGGCGAUCCAGGUUUUGGGACCGGGGAUGUGGGCUUGUGGGUGCAGGUAUAUAGAUCGGAUUGUGGUGGUGGUUAUGUAGAGGAUGAGGGCUGCGAUGGGGUAGAGCAGGAGUGUCAGCAUGAUUCUUGCUCGGGUGUGGAAGGGCGGGAAGCGGGAAGAGGGGAAAAGUGCAAAUCGGAAUGAAUUUGUGCAGAAUACGCGAGGGUUAAAUGAAGAAUCUGGCAACACAAGUUGCAGAAAAGCUCUUGGAGGGGCGGGGAACUGGUGCAGCUCCAGCUGUGCACAGGGCGCUUGCUCGUCACAUGUUGUGUAACAAACAUGAACUGCACUGCCCAUGGAGGUGGCUGGGUUUGACCAAGAAAAGUACAAGC